AUAUGAAUACGUGUAUAUGAAUUAGGACCCAAUCACCCAAUUCAUAUUGAUGGUGUCAACAUCAACCCAAACUUAAAUUGUCCAUCUUCUAUUUGAUUCACUCUCAAUUCAACUCAAAACCCAAUGAAAUAACCAAAUUUACAAUUUUAAAUCUCACUAAUGGAGGUGUUAUGAAGAAAAACCCUAAUUCAAUUCUAAUAGCAAUUUUGUAAUUGGAAAAAAUUCCAUUUGCAUGAGCAACUCUUGGUAGACUUACCUAACCCACUACCACUAUGCUGGGCUAUAUCAAAUAGCAUAUGGUUUUAUUUCAAAUUGGUGAAGAAUUCUUUGAUUAACAUCAUUUCGAUGUGGUUUUUGCAACGAGUAUCGUUAAGAUCCAUGAUUGAUUCCAUUGGGAAUUUGGACAUCUACUAAGACUUCUUCUGUGUUGUUGCAACUGUGUUCACGGGACAUUACCUCAAGUUAAGUAUAUAUAUUUUAUAAAUACCAAAGAUGAUGCUAAUGCCUAGUGGGUCUAUACAACACUUAUCCCCGUCUCCACUAAAAGCUCCUCCAUUAGUGUGUUCUUGACCUUUGAGUCUCCCUCGCUUCUCACCAAACAAAUAACCAUCAGCCAUGGAGGGUAGCAUACUUGAUUUCCUCGGCACAGAACUAAUUGGGGUAAUGUCCCCAGUCUCGAUCUGUAUGCUUUUAGUAGUUUUGUUAGUCUCCACUCUUUCUCCUCCUUCGUCUCUUCCUGCCCCCCCUUCUCAAACCCCUAUCGUCACUGCGGCUAAUCUUGUCUACUCGGAAAACCCAUCUGAUUCCUCGGUUCAAAAACUUGAAGGCGCUCUUUUAAAUGCCGCUGUUUUUAUCCUCCUCAUUGCUGCAGUCACGUUUGUCCUUGUCCUCCUCUACUACUAUAACUUCACCAAUUUCCUCAAACACUAUAUGCGUUUUUCUGCUUUCCUUAUCCUCACCACGAUGGGAGGUGCUAUUUUUCUCUCUAUUGUCCGCCAUUUUUCUCUCCCCCUUGAUGCCCCAACUUGUUUCUUCCUUCUCCUUAACUUCUCCGCCCUUGGGGUUGUCUCGGUAUUUGGAAGAGGGGUUCCUAUUAUUAUUACCCAAUCAUAUACUGUUAUUUUGGGGAUUAUUACUGCUGCUUGGUUCACCCAAUUGCCUGAAUGGACUACCUGGGUGUUGCUUGUUGCUUUGGCGAUUUAUGAUUUGGUGGCGGUUUUAGCUCCUGGUGGCCCAUUGAAGAUUCUUGUGGAGUUGGCUCAGUCGAGAGACGAUGAACUCCCAGCGUUGGUUUACGAAGCAAGGCCUACUGUUCCUGAAUCUAACAGUGGAGGAGGACGACAUGGAGCUUUGGGGCUUUUAGUUGGUGGGGUUUCAGAUAAUUCAUUGGUGGAGCUUCAAAAUAUGUCGAGAAACAUUGAACGUUUUUUCGAUGAUGACGAGGAAUUUAACGCUGAAGAUGGAAGACAACCAAUGAACGGCGAUGGGGUGAGCGAUCUAGCGGAAGCAACACCAUUGAUAGUAGCAAGUUCAAGUGAGACCUGCGAGGUGGAUGAAGAGAGUGCACCCCUCGUAGAAAUGCUUGCUAGAGAGACGGGAAAUGGGGGUGACGGUAACGAUGAAACCGCAUCUCAGGGUAUCAAACUUGGACUUGGGGAUUUUGUAUUUUACAGUGUGCUCGUGGGUAGAGCUGCCAUGUACGAUCUAAUGACAGUAUACGCCUGUUACCUUGCUAUCAUAUCGGGGCUUGCUUGCACUCUCAUUUUGUUGGCUGUGUGUCGUCGUGCUCUACCUGCCUUGCCUAUUUCCAUCGCAUUAGGGGUUACGUUUUACUUUUUAACUCGAUUGUUAAUGGAACCGUAUGUUGUUCAGACAUCGACUAAUUUGUUGAUGUUCUGACUGCUCCUAAUCUCACUCCCCCGGAUACAGCUAGGAUGAUCGGAGAUAGUAUUAUAUCGUUCAGACGUGCUUUACUCUUCGAUAUACCAUAUCGGCAGCACAACAUUCUCGUCAGAGUUUUCUUUUUGGGAAGAUAAUCGGAUUUAAUGAACUUUCUGGAUUCCCGGACGUGUUAAUAGAGAACUGUAAAGAAAUACAUUCAUCUAAUCAGGUAACUUUUACUACAAUGAGAAGUUUAUAGCUUGGUGUAGAAAAGCUUGUCAAUUGAGAUCAUCUGUGUCAUCUAUAUCUAUGUUCUAUUGCUUUUGAAUAUGCAAUUAUUAAUCUCAUAUGAAAAUUUAAUCUGAUAAUGAAAUUCGAUAAAAGUUUUAUA